AGAGAGAGAGACCCUGUCUCACUGGGAAGCAUAACUCAGUGGUGUUUGUGCUGUUGUAAUUCCUUUUGAUUUACCAGAAAAUCGUGCACUAAGCUGCAACGCACACAUUCACCCGAGCUUAGCUCCUGCACCUCAACUCAUGGCCUCUCACACACUUAUCCCACCACGCACGUGUGUGUGCCUCACGCGCGUGUGUGUGCAUGUGUGUGCUUGUGAGUGCAGAGCUGACGGUAUAACGUAUGUGUGUGCAUAGUUCUGAACUGUGCGCGCAACAAUAAACUGUAGACCCGCUUUGAGCUGAAAUGAAAAUGUCUCAGAAAGCGGCUUAUCUUAACUAAUGCACUAGCAUAAAUGCUAUAAUUGUUUUCUUCAGCUUUUGAUGAAACUACUGUUUGCGACAGCUAAUUCUAAUAGUUUCAAUUCCGACAGGGAUUUUCUGAUUUGUUUACUUGUUUAUUUGUAGGCCUAUUAUUGGGUCAGCUGAAUCAAGUGUGGUAUUGGUAAUCCAAUAUCAUGUCGUGGUUGAUGGCAUAAGUUUCAAAUUCCAAAAACAACACGGUAGCCUAUGGACCAGACAGUGGGAAAGUGGAUGCGACACAUGUUAGCAUCAGAUUCCACAGGUUUUGGACUCUCGAACUGGUCUGUGGACGCUCCAAGAUCUAAGACACUGCAAGACAGCUGUGAAGAUGAAGUGAGCACCACGCGGAGAGAGACCCUCUCGAGACCACCAUGCACCGCUGGAUGCAAGACCUUUUACACUGCCAAUUGUAGCCUGCACCUCUCUCUGUUCCACCAUCUAUCCCUUCAUCCGUAUCCCUUCUUCCUUCCCACUCAAACUCUGUAACCCCUCCAUGUCUGCCCAAUGAGAACGAGGAGCUGUCAGAAACGCUCCCCUAGCCCCCGGCCUCUCAUCUCCCUCCCCCGUCGCCCACCCUCUCUCUUCCUCUCUCGCUUACACACCCUCCCACUCUCUCACACACACGUUCAGCUCCCGCAGCUCAGAGCCGGUGAGUUUAUCUUCCACACGUUGAUAACGGAGAGACGCUGCAAGCCUCGGACCCAACGGAACACUGACUAGACCGAAAAGGCUGGCUGAUUCUAGUGCUGAUUCUUAUUGUGGCUCCAGUUAAUAAUUUAGCACAACUUUAACUCUGGUUUUUGACUUAAUAAACACAGGCUUCUUUGGUGAAAAGAUCUUUGAAUGUACCAAGGAGCUUUUCUUAAGAGAGUCUGAGGAAACAUUUUUUCAAGGAAUCGCGUCGGGGUUCAUACCCUUGUUAUUUGUGGACCGCCUGGUGGAGCGCGUGGACAUGGUGCACAGAAACUGCCUUUCAAACUCAUGACAGCCGUUAGUCUACACCGGCCGCGCCACAGGGAAUCAAACAUCACAGGACAACGAGGCCUAUGGCUGGUAUUGCAGCUGACCGCUUCUGAUUAAAUUGGGGACAUUUUUAAGUGCCGGGGACCUCAUCUCAAGUCAGAACCAUCACCAAGAACAAGACGCACCAAGCCAUGUUUGGUUUAAGUAAGGCUCAAGGCUCGCCGGUGACCAGUAGAAUGGCUAGCUCGGCGGGGUUAAGGCACGGGCCACGAAGUGGGACAUCCUCAUGUGAGGGCCAUGGUGCCAGCUCGCGGAUAUACUGCGCCUGUCUUCUGCUUCUGCUCGUGCUCACGCCCAGGGUGGAUUCUUCAUGGUGGUACAUCGGUGCGCUGGGGGCCCGUGUGAUCUGUGACAACAUCCCGGGCCUGGUAAACAAGCAGCGUCAGCUGUGUCAGCGCCACCCAGACAUCAUGCAGUCCAUCGGGGAAGGGGCCAAGGAGUGGAUCCGCGAGUGCCAGCAUCAGUUCAGACACCACCGCUGGAACUGCAGCACCCUGGACCGGGACCACACCGUGUUCGGGAGGGUCAUGUUGCGCAGCAGCCGCGAGGCGGCGUUCGUCUACGCCAUCUCCUCCGCCGGCGUGGUGUACGCUCUGACGCGCGCCUGCAGCCAAGGGGAGCUCAAGACGUGCAACUGCGACCCGCACAAGCGCGGCCGGGCCAGGGACGAGAAGGGGGAGUUCGACUGGGGCGGCUGCAGCGACAACAUCAACUACGGGAUCAAGUUCGCCAAGGCCUUUGUGGACGCCAAGGAGAGGACCGUGCGGGACGCCCGGGCACUCACCAACCUGCACAACAACCGCUGUGGCAGGACGGCGGUGAAGCGCUUCAUGAAGCUGGAGUGUAAGUGUCAUGGAGUGAGUGGUUCCUGUACGCUGCGUACCUGCUGGAUGGCCAUGUCUGACUUCCGCAAGACCGGCGACUACCUGAGGCGGAAGUACAACGGCGCCAUCGAGGUCACCAUGAACCAGGACGGGACAGGCUUUGCCGUGGCCAAUAAGGACUUCCGCAAAGCGACCAAGAACGACCUGGUGUACUUUGAGAACUCGCCUGACUAUUGCCUCAUGGACAAAGCAGCAGGUUCCUUGGGGACGGCCGGUCGCGUCUGCAACAAGUCGUCUCGCGGCACUGACGGCUGUGAGGUCAUGUGCUGUGGGCGGGGCUACGACACCACGCGAGUCAAGCGCAUCACCAAGUGUGAGUGCAAGUUCAAGUGGUGCUGCGCCGUGGAGUGUAAGGACUGCGAAGAGGCCGUGGACAUACACACCUGCAAGGCCCCCAAGCGAGCCGAUUGGCAGGACCAGACCUGAGGGCACACCCCCUCAUAAACAACCGCCCCCCUCUCCCCCUUGGCAGGACAACCUGCAGGACAUGGCAUUCUGGGAAAAUGUGUCAAGACCCGCCCCUUUUCUCCAGUUCCCCGUUGCAUGGCUUCUAUUCCUGUCUCUGUGAAAAGCACUAGAAUUGAACUACAAAUCCCAGCUUCUCCCCUCUCUGUAAAAGCCCUAUACCUAAACUACGAACAGUCUGGGAGGUUUGGGAGGUUUGAGGUGAACUGAAACUGAAGCGCUGAAGGACAUUUCAUUGCAUUUUUGUCUUUAUAACUUGGGGGGUAGGGCGAGUUAAAGGUUUGCUGAUUUCGUAAUGCUUUAACAACACACUUUGACAUUAACUGAGCCUUUGAGCUUAUUCAGUAGUAUAUCGACAAUAUCAUAUAAUCACAACAUUUACAUAUUUUUGUGGGAAAGACAUUAUUUUGUGUACCGGAACUGCUUAGUCAGACAGUGAGAGGUGACUGAACAAGUCUCUGACCGUAGAAGAAAUGGAUUUGAUCACUGAGCCACAGAGAAUUUGGCUCUCUGCGCUCUGAGAGCAUGGAUGGAUGGACGGAUGGAUGGAUGGACGGAUGGAUGGAUCGGCGUAUGGACGGAAAGACACAUCCUCUGAACUUUGAAGGAGGGCGGUGUGAUUUAUUUAAAUUAUAAAGUGAUGUUAUGUUUCUCAUCUCAGGGUGAGACUGCACUACGUAUGUUGGGAGGGGAGGGGAGCCACUUGCGUCGAUGAGGAGAUCUGGGUGUGAAAGACAGCGAACGCCGUUGAGGAGUUGAUUGCUAGCUGUCCACUAAGACGUCAAUUCUGCAUAGCAAGAGAUGUAUUUCUCUGUUCUCAAACUCGCUUGUAUAACUUUUGUAUAUUGCUUUGUUAUUAUAAUUAUUAUAAAGAUGUUCAGACAUCAUACAGAUGUUCAUAUAAAAUAUAUUGUGUAUUGGUAUGAAACUGGAAUCCUUCAUUUGUAAUUUCACGAUACUGGCAUUCACAACACACGUGUAAACAAUGCACUGCCCAUCCAAGACACAGAGAAUAUUAAGGAGUAAAUAAACAUCUGCUUCAUUAUUACAGAUAAUGUUCCCAAUGGUGGUUUUACAAGUACAGAUAGAGAUAGAGGGAAGAACGAGACAGUAAAAGUGUUAGAAGAAGAGGAAAAGAGAGAGAGACAGCAA